UGCCAUGGCAAGGAGGUCUGAAACAGCCCCCCUAGGGAAUCUGAUAGUCUUCCUCUAUGGGGUCCUUGAGCAGUCGCCUCCUGAGGGGCGGUAUAUUAGGCACAACUGAUCCGCAUCAGCCAGAAGCCCAGGUAGGCCCCGGAGAUGUAUCCUCAGGCCGAAAACGGAAGCGGAGAGGACCCUCUCCGGACCCAGAGGCUGAGAACAGCCCCAACCCUCUAGACCCGGAAGACAAUCUCCAGCAAGAAGCCACUACAAGCCGAAGUAAAAAAGUGAAGGUCACAUCUGAUUAUGCUUACCAUACUUUAUUUCUAAAUGGGGAAACCAGUGACAUUAAAAUCCGCGCUCUGGGGAGAGUGUGGUGUCUACACAAAAUGUAUUUAUGUCAGUCAGGCUACUUUGCUACUCUGUUUAAAAAUUCUUGCGAUGACUCUGACAAAGAUAUUAUCGACCUAGAGAUUAAGGACCACAAUAUUGACGUCGCGUCCCUGAACUUCGUGCUAGGUUCCUUGUACGGGGGUGAAUAUGACUUAACGGAGUCCCUUCAAAUUCCAAGAAUUUUGGCAACGGCAUGCCUGCUUCAAGUAGAGGACUUAAUUGAAGAGUGUGAGGAGACCAUGAAGGAGGCAGUUAACGUGAAAACUGUCUGUGGCUACUAUGCAACAGCAGAAGCCUAUGAGUUAGAGUCUCUGAAGACAAAAUGCUUUAACUGGCUUCUCCACAAUCUGAUGACGCAUCCAAAUGUUGAACUUUACAAAGCACUCAGUAUAGAGCUCAUGAAUCUGCUCAUUUCUUCAGCUAACUUACUAGUAAUACAAAAGGAAAUAGAUGUGUACACCACACUUAAAGAGUGGAUGUUCCUUCGUCUUAACCCGGCUUGGAAAGGAUCCGUAAAAAAGCUUUUAGGCCAUGCAAACAAAUGGUUUUCCAGGCACAGAGGACGUGUUGCCAGCGUGGCCUUCCUUGAAACCAGACGAGGCAUACCAUUUCAAUUGGUGUUUAAAAAUUUGAGGUUUCAGCAUAUCAUCUGUGACCUGGCCUCCACAAGAGUUAUUGAGCACGAUACUCUAAUACCUUCAGAUUGGUUAUCGCAAGCUUAUAAGCAACAGUGGUUUACCUUGCUGAGAGUACGACAAAGCCAGGAAAUCGGGCCCCGAUACACCAAUGAAAUAGAACUUGAAGAAUACAGCAUGAGAUGUGGGAAAAUGCUUGUCAAGAAGGGGAAAUUCUCCUGGAAGUGGUCGGGUUUCAACUUCGGCUUUCCUUUGCACGUCAUCUUCACCAGCGAUUAUAUAAUUUUCAAGCAAAAUAUCUUCCCUCAUUCAUGUGCGGGUUCAGUUUGUCUACGAUCUCUAAGAAAUAUUGCAUUCAGAUUAACUUUGGUAUAUUUCGAUUCAAGUGGAAACUUAAGGUUCAGCAAAACAACCGGUUAUAAGACUCUUACCUUCGAGAACGAUGAGGAACACCUGGUAAUGAACUUAGAUAGCAAAUCUCUGAGCUUCCCUUUAUAUAUAUUCUGUAACUUCCUGUUUACAUCAUUAGAAAAUCUAGGAAAUUGAUCAGCUUGUCAAGUAGGAUAUAUUAGCAUUUUGAACAUUCUGAUGUUUUAUUUCCUUCAAUAGCCCUACUGUAAAACACAA